AUGAACGGCUUCACGGGUACGGUAGCGCCCCCCGGCGGCAUGUACGUGCGGGCCCUCUACGAUUAUGACGCCGACGACCGCACCAGCCUGAGCUUCCGGCAGGGCGACAUUAUCCAGGUCAUCACACAGCUGGAGAGUGGUUGGUGGGACGGGGUCAUCAACGGCGUCCGCGGAUGGUUCCCGAGCAACUACUGCGCCGUGGUAUCCAGGCCCACUGGUGAGGUGGAUGAAGAGCAAAACGGUGCCGAUCUUGACGACGACCACGACACACAGUCCCUGGGCGGCGGCAGCACCUAUACCAGUUCCGACACCGAAUCCUACAUCGGCAACGAGGCAUCGUUACCCAUCGAGAGACAUGAAAACAAGGAGCAAGAGGAGGCUGCGUUUUGGAUACCACAGGCAACGCCAGAUGGCAGGCUCUUCUACUUCAACACGCUCACCGGUGUUAGCACCAUGGAACUCCCGCUCGAGACGCCUGGUUUAAAUGAGAACGGCCCGCGAGACCGACACCACGUCUUCAUUCCCGAUUCUUCGAGGCCCCCCGCCGAGCUCAUGGCCUCUGGUCUCGUAGAGGAUACCGACGAUGACACCUCUGCCUCUGACGUCGAAGGCCACGGUAUCGCUGCCUCUAAUAGCUCAGUGUCACGAAGAAAACGAGGGUCCAAUGGGCUUUCGUCGGCAACGUCGAUGGAUUCCAUCAGCGACGCAUCCCCAUUGGGUAGGUAUGAUACCAACGGUACCAGUUUCUCAGGUGCCUCCAUCCCUACCAACGGCACCACGGUCACUUCUUUCGCUCACAACGCCACGGGAGCUCCUUCGCUGGCCUCCGGAAUGCCUUGCAAGUACUUUGACGACGCGAAUCCUGUACCCUUGACCUGGAACAGGAUGGUCGAGGAUAUGCGCAAAGCUGUUGAACGAUAUCGCCAGGCCAUCAACAACAGCGACCGUUCCGAAUUCGUCAAACGCGCCGAGGAUAUCUCCGAUCACCUUCGUCUGCUUCUAGCUGCUGGCUCGGGGACCACGGAUAAUCACUCGGGCAAUCCCUCCAUCAUCUCCACAAACAAGGCUCUCUAUCCGCAUUUCCGAGAAACCAUGUCGCGAUUCUCCAAGCUGGUGCUCUCGUCACACAUUGCUGCGGCGGACUUCCCACCACCUGAUUCCUACUCCAAGUGCCUGAAGGAGGUGGACGGUGUUCUGCAUGGCGUGUACGGAUUUGUGGAGGUGGCUCGCCAGCAAAGAGGUGAGGAGAUCCCUCGACUAGUCCCUGGCUUCGUUGCGGGGCGCACGUCGGGGGGUAACUGGCACAAUAACGGCCUUGACGCGCGAGAUCCUGCAGCAUCCACAUCCUUUAUCGAUCAGGAGGACUACGACCCACCGGUGGAACCUACCGCGACGUUGGAUAACCGCCUUUUGGAUAGGCUCGAAGACCUCAAGCGAUUCAUCAUUCCAAGCAUUCGUCGCCUGGAUGAGCACUUGGCCAUCAGGGAAAGAGUUGUGACACCUCAAAGGCACCAGGCGAUUGGCGAUGAGAUCUGCAACGCGGCUGCAAAGGUACUUGAGGCGAUGCGGCCAUGGACGUCCACCAUCGAGUCGGUCAACCUAGCUUCACUCAGCUCCACCGUGCAGGGACACCAGCUUGGAGAGUUCAGCAUCCAGAAGCAGAAGGUCUAUGACCUGGUGACGGAGCUGGUAAUUGCUUGUCAAGGAGUUGCUUCUCCACUUGGCGACGAGUGGGCAGAACGGCGGGGCGACUCACUAGAAGAUCGGGUUUCGGCUGUGAAAGCCGUGACGCGAGAUUUGGAGUUGAGCGUCACGUCGCAAUACGCAUUGCUGCAACAACUGUCCGUGAUGAUGCCAGCCACCGAUGUAAGGGCGCUCAGCGACUCUCGUAGAAACACGGACAGCGAAGUGCAAGGGGUCCACGCAAGAGGCCCUUCGGGCAACAGCAGGCCGUUGCUGGAAAAGCUCACGCAACCUCAUUCGUACUCCGAAGGGACAUCCCUCGAAGAUAGCAAGAUCGACGCGAUCAGGAGCGCCAACAGCAUGAAGAAGGUCAAGGACUUCUUCGGCGAAGUUCCUGUCCCCGCCCCUACGGAAGAGAUUCCCGAUUUCCUUAAACUGGAUCAUGAAGGGGAGAUAUCUUACGAUCACAAAGUAAACCCGCCACAGCUUCGUGGAGGCACAUUGAUGGGUCUGGUGGAGCAACUGACAAGACACGAUAAACUGGAGCCUGCGUUCAAUAAUACGUUCCUCCUCACUUAUCGGUCGUUCACGACGGCAUCGGAGCUAUUCGAGAUGCUCGUCAAGCGCUGGAGCAUCCAACCACCGUACGGCCUGGCCAAGGAAGAUUACCAAACUUGGGUCGACAAGAAGCAGAAGCCUAUCAGGUUCCGUGUUGUCAAUAUUCUCAAGAGUUGGUUUGACAACUACUGGAUGGAGGGCAAUGAUGAAGAGGCAAGGAUACUGAUCCAAAGGGUCUACAACUUCGCAAAGGACCAUGUGGCCACGACCAGCACUCCCGGAGCUGCUCCCUUGAUGACGUCGGUGGAGCAGCGAUCUCGCGGACCAGACAUGCCGACCAAGCGUCUCGUGCUCACGCUCAACACACAGACGCCUCAACCUAUCCUCCCCAAGCACAUGAAGAAGUUGAAGUUCCUCGACAUCGACCCCACCGAGUUUGCACGCCAGCUCACCAUCAUCGAGUCGCGUCUCUAUGGCAAGAUUCGGCCAACCGAAUGUCUGAACAAGACGUGGCAGAAGAAGCUGGCUCCUGGCGAACCGGACCCAGCUGCCAACGUCAAGGCCUUGAUUCUCCACUCCAACCAGUUGACCAACUGGGUGGCACAGAUGAUUCUCACCCAACAAGAUGUCAAGCGAAGGGUUAUUGUCAUCAAGCACUUUGUGAACGUGGCAGACAAAUGCCGACUCCUCAACAACUUCUCGACGCUCACAUCCAUCAUCUCGGCGCUUGGGACGGCUCCCAUCCAUCGUCUCAGCCGGACGUGGAGUGCCGUAAACGCGCGGUCCAUGGCGACUCUCGAGAACAUGCGCAGACUGAUGGGCAGCACGAAGAACUUCGCCGAGUAUCGCGAAACGCUGCACAAGGCGAACCCACCCUGCAUCCCCUUCUUUGGUGUCUACCUCACCGAUCUCACCUUCAUUGAAGACGGCAUCCCCUCGCUGAUCAAGAAGACCAACCUCAUCAACUUUGCCAAGCGCGCAAAGACGGCCGAGGUCAUCCGCGACAUCCAGCAGUACCAGAACGUGCCGUAUCCGCUGCAGCCGGUGCCGGAGCUGCAGGACUACAUAUUGACCAACAUGCAGUCGGCGGGGGAUGUGCACGAGAUGUACGAGACGAGUCUGCAGGUGGAGCCGAGGGAGCGCGAGGACGAGAAGAUUGCUAGGUACGUAUGA